GGUUGGAUAGUUACAUAAUAUAAAUUGGAUUUAUUUUUGGUCACCGCUGACAUUAUUUUGAAACGAUACGGACAAUUUUGGAUGCAGCAUCACACAAUUUCCGGUAUUCAAUAACACCCAUCUAAAAAAUCAUCCAUCAUGGCCUGGAUAUCAAGAGGCCAAUCCAGUUUCGUCCAAGACACCCCCGGCGGACACACAUCCGCGGUCCCUGCCGUCGCCACCCACCGCGGUUCCCUCUGGUGUCUCUGGAGCGACCCAUCCGGCGACCUCUACUAUGCCACCGGCGACAACGACACCUUCCAGCCGCGAAUCCGUUUUCCCGACCAAGGAAUCCCUGUCAUGGCCGAGCUUCUCGGUCGUCUACAUGCCGUGAUCGUCAGAGCAGAUGGGGCAAUCGCUCACUAUGAAUAUGACGAUGUAGAGAAAUCAUGGACGGAUGCUACUCUUCUGGAUAAGCAAAUAGGACUCUGGACAAAUACUACCCCGGCGCUGAUCAGUCAUCACAAUAACUUGGUACUGGUGUACAUCCAGAAUUCCUAUUUGUAUUAUUCAACAUGGACGCUAGGUUCUGAAGAUCAACCAGAAUGGAAGUAUCCCCAGGAAGUAAGCGGGAUAAACAAAGUAUCUGGAAUCCCCGCGGUGUUUGUGUUGAAUGGGGAUUUGCACGCUCUUUGUUCUUCUGCGGAGGAGGAUCAUGUGAUUCUCGGAUUCAAAUAUUCGUUGUCGGAAGAUGUGUGGAAUGGCUGUGAUGAUGUUAGCGAGGGGAAAGCAGCGCAGGGCGUGUCUGCUACUUCUUAUGGUGAUAGUGCGUUUUUGGCUUUUCAGGAAAAUGGCCCGGGAGAUACUUCGCAUGUGAUUUAUAUGAGCGAGUAUAGAGAUGGGAUGUGGCAUCCUCAAGAAGCUAUUGCGGGACAGACUUCGUUUGAUCCUCCGCAGUUGGCAGUGCUGAAUGGGAGGGUGAAUUGCAUAUUCAAUUCGAAUGAUGAUAGUAGGGAGCUGCUGUGGUAUUCUAGAUCUUUGCUAGAUUACUCGAUGAGCUCUUGGAUGGCGGAACUUCCAGAUGAUACUUUGCUAUCAGAUAUGAGUAUCCCCGGAACCCACGAUAGCUGCGCAGAAUCCAACAUCCCCUUCGUGCGCACCCAAUACCUCUCCAUCGCCUCCCAACUCACCGCCGGUAUCCGCUUUCUCGAUCUCCGCGUGCGCGUCCACACCGAAGACGGACAGCUCUACAUGUACCACGGCGGCAUCCCCAUCAACCUACCUUUCUAUCUCAAAUUCGAUUUCGUCAUGCAGGAAGUUUUUGAUUUCCUCUCUCAACACAGCCAAGAAACAAUUCUGAUCUCGAUCAAAAAUGACGAUACGUCCAACAAAGAACCCCCCGAGGUAUUCUACAGCGCAGUCGCGAAACACAUAACAUCCAUCCCGUCUUAUCCUUCUGGGGCUCCUCGCUGGCUCACGGCGAAUAACCCCGAAACGCUGGGCGAUGCGCGGGGAAAGGCAGUUUUGCUGCGUCGUUAUGAAUGCGCUGCUAAUCUAUCUGCCGAGGAAAAAAUGGGCUUAGAUCUCAGUGGCUGGCUAGAUAACAAUCCCGAUUUCACGCUCGAAACAGAAAGCGGCGUAACAGUCCAUCUCCAAGAUAAAUGGGAGUAUUCUGACAUCAUCCCGCUCAAGGGAUUGGUAGAGAGUAAAUACGAAUACGUCGUGCGGAUGCUGGAGAAAGCGCGAGAGGGGGCGAGGGAAGAAUGGUUUAUUAAUUUUGUGUCUGCGGUUGGGGAUCCGGUGCGGAAGGGGGAGGUAGCGGAGAGUCAUUGGAUAGCAGUAGGCGCGCACAGUAAAUUCAUCGGUACUUUUGUUCAAGGCAUCAAUCCGACGCUCCGCUUAAACUUUGAUUGGGGAAUCAAGAAACGAUAUGGGAUUAUUCCUAUGGACUAUCCAGAACUGCCGAAAGAUUCGGAUUUGGUGGCGUUGAUUAUUGGGUCUAAUAUGUAGAAGAGGGAUCGAGAAACAAUUUAUUACUGUAAAUCUUGAGUUCA